UGGUACGUCCUGAGAGACUGGAGCGAAACGGAUUUUGACCGGAACAAAAUUUUUACACAGUUGCACGUAAGAUAUGGGGUGUCUCCGUUUUUCAAAAUUUCCGUCGAGCCUAACCCCAAUAUGCCCGGUCACAACAGCAUCGUGUUGUCUCCCUCUGGACUGGGCCUGCCGGACAAAGAGUACUACUUCAGAGACGAAGAUGAUCGAGUACAGAUGGCUUACAAAGAAUAUAUCAGGGACGUGAUAAUCCAUUUAAGUAGUACCGCUCGGAACGAAGCCACCAAGUUUGGUACAGACAUGUUUUCUUACGAAAAAAGAAUAGCGGAAGUUACGCCUAAUACGAUCGACCUUCAAAAUCCCGUAGCGAUGUAUAACUCUGUCUCUAUAUCAGAACUUAAAGAAACAACGCUGAUACCGUUUUAUGACCUACUGCAAGCCAUGUAUCCAGAGUCAAACAUUACAGAGAACACAGAAGUCAUAGUUACCUCAUUAGAGUAUUUGGGGCAUAUCGCACAAAUUAUUUCAACGACCGACAGAAAAACCAUGAACGGUUAUUUAAUAUGGACACUAGUUCGACGGUAUAUUCCGUAUCUAUCUAAUAAGUACACCUCGGCGAUGGAUACUUUUAAUUCAGAACUUUUUGGUAUAGAAAAACCUUUACCGAGAUGGGAGAUCUGCGCCGGCAUUGUAAGAAAAUUCAUGGGCCUCGCCACGAACAACUUUUUAGAAAAAGACAAUCCAAUUCCUGGCGAAGCAAUCUCCGUUGUCAAUAACACGUUUAAUUCCAUUGCCACUGUGGUGAGAAACAGACUUGGUAAAUUCGAAAAUAACGCCUUGUUAUACCGACAUCUAAAAUUAAAGCUAGCCACCCUCAGGUUACAAGUGGGAGUGCCGGAAAACGCAAAGAAAGAACCUUUCCUGAAAAGCUACUUCUCGAGUUUGAGGAUAAUCAAGACGAACCUAUUUGAGAGUGUAAAGAACGCGAUAAGUUUUAAUAGAAAACUGGAAGAAAAGAAACUGACGAAUCUGGUUCAUGAGGAACCGAUGAUGUCUUACGCCUUAGAAAAUGUUCCUAAAGUGACAUACUCCCCGUCGGACCACACCGUUGUAAUACCCCGGAAUUUGCUGACUGAUCCCGUUUUUCAUUAUAACUAUCCCAGCUCUAUACUCUAUGGAAGGUUAGGGGUCGAAAUAGCAGAAGCAGUAAUAUCAUCGAUUCUGCCCUACGACAGUCUAUGGACAUCUGAUAGGAAGAUCCUAUCGCCGUACCAUAAGACAGUCGACGAUUCCAUCAACAGCGUACACUCCGCCUUAAAAUGCUUGAGCGAUUACGCGUCAAACCUAAACUUGGUUCUUCCAUAUGGUAAAGCGAACGAAACCUCUCUACGAAACUUGAAACAUUUAUCGGCAGUGAGUGUGACCAACGAGGCGCUGAAAUUGUCUUUAGAAAACACGGACCAUCUUCACCAACCCUCUCUGGAGAUGUACGAGGAUUCGGCACUGUUUUUCCUGGCCUAUUCUCAGACUAAGUGUUCUGAAUCUACCGUUCAGCAUCAACUUUAUGAAAAUAUAAUACACUUUCAGUUGCCCCAGAAAGUUUCGUUGCUUUCGACGUGGGCCCAAGUGCCGGAAUUUUCAGAGUCCCUCGAGUGCAAUCGCAACAGGAAAUUGCAGUGCAGUGAUAUAUUUUAACUUAGAACCUAGGAUGUUAGGAAGAAGAGAAAUAUUUUUGUGAUGUAAAUAGAACUCUAAAUAAUUUUUAUUUUUCGAUUUACUGAUAACUUAUUUAUUUUGUACA